CUCGCCCGGCCUGGAGCGGCGCCUCGGCCGCUUCGACGCGGACAACGGCAACCUGGCCGCGGACAUCGUGCGGUGGCGCGAGCAGAUCGACACCAACCUGUCGCGGCCGCCCGAGCUGGCCAUCGCCAGGGAGUACUACACCAGCAUGACCAUGUAUUUGACGGAGCUGCGCCAAUGCCAGAGUUUGCUGCGCGCCAACAUUUCGGCCGAGGUGGUGAGCACGGUCCAGGUGGCGAGCAGGGACUUGUUGGUGGCGGCGGGGCUCCUCGCCACGGCCCUCGUCAUGUCGCCCUGCAUCGUGCUGCUCGUGUGCAACGCCACCAAGAUCGUGCAGCAAUUCGCCUGCACGCUGGCGCGGCGCACCAACGCGCUCCGCAACGAGAAGAAGAAGUGCGACAGGCUGCUGUUCCAGAUGCUGCCGCCCCCGGUGGUCAAGCAGCUCAAGCAGGACCGGCAGGUGCCGGCCGAGAACUUCGACUCGGUGACCAUCUUCUUCAGCGACAUCGUCGGCUUCACGCAGCUGUCCGCCGUGUCCUCCCCCAUGCAGAUCGUCACCAUGCUCAACACGCUGUACCGACUGUUCGACUCGCGCAUCAAGAAGUACGACGUCUACAAGGUGGAGACCAUCGGGGACGCGUACAUGGUGGUGUCCGGGCUGCCGCAGAGGAAUGACAACAGGCACGCGGGCGAGAUCGCCACCAUGUCGCUGGACCUGCUCAAGGGCAUCCGGCCGUACGUGGUGCCGCACCGGCCCGACGAGCACGUCCGGAUGCGCAUGGGCGUCAACACGGGGCCGUGCGUGGCGGGCGUCGUGGGGCUCACCAUGCCGCGCUACUGCCUCUUCGGGGACACCAUCAACACGGCCUCGCGCAUGGAGAGCACCGGCGAGCCCAUGCGGAUCCACAUCACGGAACAGACGAAGCAGUGCCUGGACCAGCUGGGCGGCUACGUCGUGGAGCUGCGGGGCCAGCUGGAGAUCAAGGGCAAGGGCGUCAUGAACACGUACUGGCUGACGGACAAGGACGGCGGCGUGGGCCUCGACGACGGCUCGCCCACCGGGACCUACCCGCAGGUGGCUGCCGAACCCCCCGACGUGGUCCCGGAGUUCAUCAACCUGCUCCUGGGGUCCAUCGACUCGGACGAAGCGGACCUGGGCCUCGACUCCAGUUGAGCAGAGGGGCGCAUGCACCCGCGAACAUCGUUUGUUGUACACCGUGCGUAAUCAUUCCAUUCCAUUCAGUAUUAGAAGUGCCCACUGGUUGUAAAUGGCUGUAGAUUGUUAAUGUAAAUAUUAUCCCUACCCUGAUUGUAUCAAUGACCAAUAAAGGAGUAAGAAAUCUUUUUCUUUUUUAGAAAAUUUCAGAAAAUUUGUACAUAUAUAUUUAUUUUAU